AUGUCCGGUGGGCUUGGCCUCGGUCACGCGCAGCUGGCGGAUGGUUGCCUUCAUCUCCUUCAUUUUCACUUCCAUGAGUGCGAUGAUGUCCCGCUGCUCAUUCAGCUUCCGAAGCAGUUCGGCCGAGGUGGUCCCGGUGGUCAGCGAGUACGCGUGGUCCAGCGGGUUGCUGACAACGCUGUAGUACUGCACAGUCUGCUGCUGGGCAGUGGCCGCGGAGUCUGCAGGGGGAUCGUCGCCCCUGGCCAGACUGAACGUUAUGCCAUGGAUUCUGUAGACGAGGACGUGUCUGCUCGAGUUCUCCUGCAAAGUGUAAUUCAUACGGAGUCCUCCAGGUCCCCAAUUACCCGCAGUGCCUCCCAGGCUCAGUUCCAGUCCCCGGGGUCCAGAGUUAGACGUAGUAUCAGACUAAGGAGGAGUGAUGUUGGGACCCUUACACCACAGGAGGCCCUCAAACAGAGCAUCAAAAAGAAGCUUCAUGAGAGCACUUCCAGGUUUACCCUGCCAGUGCCACCCAGUAAGAGGCGGACUAUAUCAGAGGGAGUCAGGAAGAUAAACACGCCUGCACCAGCCACAGCCUCACUUCUCUAUGAUGAUGACAUCACACCUAGAUACCUACUCAGGGGGAUCCUGCAAACAGAGCCGGAGACAUCCCUUCUGGUUCAGGACCGGCCAGUCAAGAAGGAGCCAGAGCUGCCCUCCACAAACUCCAGUAUUCACAGCAACCGCCCAAGUACAGGGCUGUCUGACUUGGAUUUCCCUGACAUGACCACCACAGUAAACCUGUCACAUACGGUGAAGGGACUAAGCAGGAAGCGACCACGUCGGAGUCUCAACAUAACAGCAUUCAACAGGCAGCUUGAACAUGAAGAUGGAGAGGCUGAAGGUGGCAGUGCAACAGAAAAAGACCUCUCAUCCCUGUCUUCUGCCUCUCCAAACUCUAUCACCUUCUCCCUGAAAACACCCUUUAUGGAUGUUCGGACUGAGAAAAGGGGAUUUCAAAGGAAGGUAACAAAUCGUAAAAAAAUUUGCCUUGAGGAGUUUGACGAGGCCCUACAAAAUCGACUGGCGGCGAUGGGUGGAGACCCUGAGCUGAGUGUUAGGGAGGAUCAACAGGGUCUCAGUGAGACCGUUCGGUCUGAGGGGUUCACCUUGGGACAGAGUGACCUCACCGCUCCUGACAUCACCCAUGACAUCAUCACCAGCAACACAGCGCUCUACUCCCUGCCUGUUGACACAGCAACAACCUUCACUAUCACCACCCAGGACAAAGACCCCAUCACGGGAACACAGAUCCAGCGAGAAAUGGGAGGAAUGAAGGAUGAGGAUGAGAAAAUUAUGGAGGAGGUAGGGGAACAAAAUGAGGACAAGAUGGAAUUAGACAACAAAGAUGGAGAGGAUUUGGCUGGAGAUGCUGGGCAGAGCGAGGACUCAGUGAGACAGAAGGUGUCCAAAUCACAGACUGUAGAAGUGGUAGCUGACUCCCAGACAGAAGAGGAGGAGCUGGCUGAAUCUCAGACAGAAGAGGACGAGCUGGCUGAAUCUCAGACAGAAGAGGACGAGCUGGCUGAAUCUCAGACAGAAGAGGAGGAGCUGGCUGAAUCUCAGACAGAAGAGGAGGAGCUGGCUGAAUCUCAGACAGAAGAGGAGGAGCUGGCUGAAUCUCAGACAGAAGAGGAGGAGGUGGCUGAAUCUCAGACAGAAGAGGACGAGGUGGCUGAAUCUCAGACAGAAGAGGACGAGGUGGCUGAAUCUCAGACAGCAGAGGACGAGGUGGCUGAAUCUCAGACAGCAGAGGACGAGGUGGCUGAAUCUCAGACAGCAGAGGACGAGGUGGCUGAAUCUCAGACAGCAGAGGACGAGGUGGCUGAAUCUCAGACAGCAGAGGACGAGGUGGCUGAAUCUCAGACAGCAGAGGACGAGGUGGCUGAAUCUCAGACAGCAGAGGACGAGGUGGCUGAAUCUCAGACAGCAGAGGACGAGGUGGCUGAAUCUCAGACAGCAGAGGACGAGGUGGCUGAAUCUCAGACAGCAGAGGACGAGGUGGCUGAAUCUCAGACAGCAGAGGACGAGGUGGCUGAAUCUCAGACAGCAGAGGACGAGGUGGCUGAAUCUCAGACAGCAGAGGACGAGGUGGCUGAAUCUCAGACAGCAGAGGACGAGGUGGCUGAAUCUCAGACAGCAGAAGAUGUAGCAGAUGAAGGGGGACAGGUAGUGGAAGAAGUGCAGGAAAAAAGAUUGAUAUCACAGAGUUUAACACACAAUGCGAUGCACAUCAGUCGGAGAACUUAUUGCUCAGAGGGUGGCGUCAAGGUUGCUGGAGUGAUGGAAGGAGGGAGGGGCUACAAGAGCAUGGGAGCAGCGCUCUAUCCUACAGAGACUGGUGAGUCAGGGUGGGCAGGCAGGUCAGAGGGGGACACGGCUGGUGAGUGGCACAGCGGGCCGGAGGUGGGAGCUAGUGAGAGCGCCCACACCCGCACAGUAACCCUUGGCAGCGUCCCUCCCUCCCCGUUGCCCCAGGAAGAUGAGCUGGAAGUUUUGAGUAGAACUGGCACCAGCCUUGGCAAUGAGGAGAUGGAGAACUCCAUGCCUCCUUUAGAGAUGACCUUUGAACCUGGGAACAACGUCCCUCACAGCAGCAACUCAUCCCUGCACCCCAUCACUGCCCAGAGCCCAGCUGAGCAUGAGGAGGACUGGGAUGAUGUGGAAGAGGGGGAUGGUAUCCGGAGUGAAGAGCUGUCCAUGAAGACUCCUGCGUUUGUCAGAGAGAAGAGGAAUGCUCUGCCUAUUGACCCCCUGGCCACACCCACUGUUCUCAAAGACCUUCAACCAAGUGUUUCGGCUGGUGCUGCAGCUGCGGUGAAGCCCAAAGUGGUGAGGGGAAAGCGGACUGGAUCAGCCAAGAAGGCUCCUGGUCUCUCUAAGAGCUACAUCAUGAGCGUGUUCAAACACUUCGCCAAGACCAAGGUGUCUACAGAUGUCUACCCUGUCCUAAAGGAGAUAAUGGAGCGCUACUUUGACCGGCUAGCUGAUGACUUGGAGACGUUUGCUGCUCACGCCAAGAGGAAGACCAUUGAGGUAGAGGAUGUAGAGCUGCUGAUGCGGAGACAGGGGUUUGUGACUGACAGCAUGCCAGUAAAUGUGUUGAUUGAGAAAUAUCUCCCAAUGGAAUCCCGAAAGCUCCUCAUUCCCAUGGCAACAAGUGGUAACUACGUCAUUCCCAAACCGAGGAGAAAAUGAUCAGCCUAUACUAAGAAUGAUCAGCCCAAAUGAGGGCUGAUGUUGUAUAUUUGAUUGAAUAUCUAUGAACAGCUGUUCAUUUAUUAUUUGUAGACACUCAUUCAAACACAGCCAGGACAAGACCAUGUAACCUGGUGUAAAUGUGUUGUAUUUGUUUGAAUAUGGCUUUCUUUUAUAUUUGUCGAAUAUUACUGCAAAAUGUUUUAUUUGAUUUAUUCAGUAGUCUG